CACACUAACAUUCAUUUCUUUAUUUCUCUAUCAAUAUAAUUCUUAUAUAUAUAUAUAUAUCCAUCAAUGGCUUUCAUUCCACCACAGCAUCAAUACUGCUCUGACCAUAUGUUUCCCAGUGAACUCCGCCAGUUGCCAACUCCCAUGAUACUCUCCGAUGGAAUUGCGGCAGCGCGCGCCGGCGGCACCGCCUACGACACUACUAAUAACGCCCUGCACCUUAACAUGAUGGACGCCGCCAUUUCAACGUUUCCUCAUCAUCACAACCCACUUGGCAACGUUUCCGAGCAGCUCCCCACCGCCAUGCUACUGUCGCCUUCGCCGCCUGCAGCUUGUGGUAUCAUCGGCUCCCGUGAAUUUUCUCGUACUCCUGCUCCCCGUGGCGGCUAUGGAUGUCUGUUUGAGUCUGGCGAUGAAUGCAAUAAUGGAUUAUUGGACUCCAAUUUUUGGUCCUUGUACCCUACGCGCCCACCAUCUUCCUACAAUAUUGAGGGAAUACAAGGGGAGGCAAUUAGUCCAAAAUUAAAAGAGCAGCCGGCAAUGAAGAUAGGAAGGUACUCUGAAGAAGAAAGGAAGGACAGAAUUCUUCGAUACCUAAAGAAAAGAAACCAAAGGAAUUUCAACAAAACAAUCAAGUAUGCCUGUCGGAAAACCUUAGCGGACAAGCGCGUGAGAGUCCGAGGAAGGUUUGCGAAGAAUAAUGAGAUAUGCGGGGAUGGAGAUGGGGAUGAUGACAUAGUCAUCAAGUCCAGGGAUAAUAAUAUUAUUGUUCACCAAACAAAAGAUUUAUAUUACGAUCAUCCAUUCCAGGCAAAGCAGGAUGAAGAAGAGGAGUGGUUGGAAGAGGCCAUCACCAGUCUUAUGUAUAUACCAUAUAUAGGUGGCUCAUACGAUGCCCAAUUCGUCAAUUUUUCAUGAUAUAAUUAAUUAUAUUGCUUCAUGAGCGGAUGAGAUGAUGCAUGUGAAUUUAUGUUUAAUUUUGUACACCAUUGUAGUAGUCUAGUCCGGCCAAUUAUAUUAGCCAACAAUUAUGUACUCUCCGGCAUAUAUAAUUAAUUGAUGAUAUGCGGUCCACAUUAUAUUAA